AUUUUAGUCCAGCACAGUGCUACAGACAUUAAUUUGGAAGGUGAAGCAGGGAACACACCUAUAAUUGUGGCAUGUUACAAGGAUAAUCCUGAAGCGCUGACACUCCUGAUUGAAAACGGAGGGAAAAUAUGUAAACCAAACAAAACGGGAGGUAUGCCUAUCCAUGCAGCUGCAUUUUCAGGUGCAAAAACAUGUAUGGAAAUUCUUUUAAAAAAAGGCGAAGAAUUGGGUCACUCUGCUAAAACCCACAUCAAUUUUACCAAUAAUGGAAAGUGCAGUCCACUUCAUUUGGCAGUUCAAAGUGGGGACCUCGAAAUGAUUAAAAUGUGCAUUGAAUUUGGAGCCCAAAUUGAUCUAAAACAGAACGAAAAAUGUACAGCACUUCAUUUUGCUGCCACUCAAGGAGCAACUGAGAUUGUAAAGUUAAUGAUGUCAUCCUAUGCUGGUGAGGAAUCCAUUAUUGAUGCUGCAGAUGGGAAUAAGGAAACAUUGCUUCACAGGACAGCAUUGUUUGAUCAUUAUGAACUGGCAGAGUAUUUGAUUUCAAUGGGGGCUAAUAUUGAUAGUGUUGACAUAGAAGGUCGAUCCCCGCUUCUGUUGGCCACUUCCUGUGCAUCAUGGAAAAUUGUGAAUUUACUGCUCUCAAAAGGAGCAAAUGUAUCAUUAAAAGAUCAUCUUGGUCGAAAUUUCUUGCAUUUGACGGUAUUGCAGCCUGGAGGAUUACAGCAUCUGAAUGAGAAAUUUCUGCAGAUGGAACAUAUUAAAAACCUUGUAGUGGAUGAAGAUAAUGAAGGAUGCACUCCAUUGCAUUAUGCAUGCAGACAAGGUGUGGCCCUGUCUGUAAAUAAUCUACUCAGCCUCAACGUUUCCAUCUACUCUAAGAGCAGGGACAAGAAGUCGCCGUUACACUUUGCUGCCAGCUAUGGACGCAUCAAUACAUGUCAACGACUUAUAAGAGAUAUGAAAGACACAAGACUUUUGAAUGAAGGUGAUAAGAAAGGAAUGACUCCACUUCAUUUGGCAGCCCAGAAUGGUCAUGAGAAGGUAGUUCAGUUUCUUCUGAAGAGAGGGGCCCUUUUUCUCUGUGAUUAUAAAGGCUGGACAGCCCUGCACCACGCUGCCUUCGGAGGAUACACUCGCACAAUGCAGAUCAUUUUGGAUACUAAUGUGAAGUGUACUGACAGAGUGGACGAAGAAGGGGUAUGUGUUCACAUAGCGUUAUUUGUUUCUUGUCUGCUGUUACUUCUAGACCAAACAUCAGUG